AUGUCGAUUGGCUUCUGCACAAACUGCAGGUUUUGCGGCAACGCUGUCGAAUUUAUCGUCGAUGUUGCCAGGAUUGGCUUCAACUUCGACAGAGACGACGUCGCCGCAGAAUGGAAACGCCACCCACAACUCGGUACCGUUGGGGAGGUGCUCGAUCUUCUUUCUGCUUCUGCCGACACGCCUAAUCGCCUUUCCAAGUACCGCAGAUAUUCGGCACUUUAUGGGCGAUUUGAUGCCAAGAGAAAACCGGACAAGGUGGUCAAAGAUGCCGGAUAUCAUUAUGCAAAGGCUAGUCGUAAGCGUGGAUUUGACGUGGUUGAUUCGCAUUCGCCACAGAGCAGUCCUACACAAAGCCCAUGUCCUGGUGAGGAUAAUGACGCAGAAGCUGAUGUGUUUUCAACAGCAAAGCAGUCAGAAGAAAAGAGGAAGAAGUCUGAAAGUGCGCAAGAGAAAAGCACGUAUCUGGAGCGUUGGGCGAGCUCAAUGCUCGCAUCACAGCAGUCAGCAUCAAACUCUCCCAGUGGCACGCAGUAAGAGGCUUAAUGUAUAAAUCUACAAAAUCAUUGUCCUAG